CCUCCAUCUUGUGCCGCCGCCGCCGCCGCCGCCGCCGCCGCGACAUCCCCGGCCCCGGGACAGGCCCCGCCUCCGCCCGCUCCUUCCACACCGCCCGCGGCAGGACGGGGCCCCGUGACGUCACUCCCAGCCCAGCCAAUGAGCAUCCAGGAGGCCCGGCCGGCUGUGACCCCCCCCCGAGGACCCCCGGAGCUGCAACACCCAGUCCAUGAGGGCCCCGCGCACAGGUGGCCGGCGCGGGGAUGGCUCCGGUCGUGGAGGUGUCGGACGCCGGGCACUGCCGGGCGCUGCUGCUGGAGCUGAACGAGCAGCGCCUGCGGGGCCAGUUCUGCGACGUCACCAUCAUCGCCGAGGACACCAAGUUCCGCGCCCAUAAGAACGUCCUGGCCGCCUCCAGCCCCUUCUUCAAGCGGGCGCUGGCGCAGGAGCCCGCGUGCCCCUCGCCCGCCCAGGUGCUGGAGCUGCCAGGCGUCCAGGCCGGCGUCUUCUCCGACGUGCUCAACUUCAUCUACAACUCGCGCCUGGCCGUGCCCUCGCCGGCGGCCGCGCGGGCGCUGGGGGCCGUGGGCCGGCGCCUCGGCAUCCCCUCGCUGCAGGGCCUGGAGGCCGGGCCCCCUCCUCCUGCUCCUCCUGCUCCUGCUCCUCCUGCUCCUCCCGCUCCUCCGGCUCCGGCUCCGGCGCCGCGGGACAUGAACGGCACCUGGACGCCACCCGCGCCCUCCGCCGCCGAGCUCAGCCCGGGCGAGGCGGGCGAGGAGGCGGCCACGGAGGCGUCGCCGUCGUCGCCGUCGUCGCUGCGCUGUGGGCUGUGCGGGCGCGGCUUCGGCUCGGCGGCGGCGCUGGGCUUCCACGCCAAGCUGCACCGCGGGCGCCGCGGGCUGUGCUGCCGGCACUGCGGCAAGAGCUUCAUCCACGUCAAGCGCCUGCAGACGCACGAGGUCGGCUGUCGCGACGGCGACAAGGAUGGGGACGGUGGCGCCGCUGGCGCCGUCGGCACCGACAUCCCCAUCACCGGCGGCGCUGUCACCGCCGCCGUCACCGCGAGCAGCACCACCGCAGCGCCGAGGGCGGCCAAGAAGGCGCUGCUGCUGCGGCACCGCGCGCUGGAGCCGGGCGCCGAGCAGGAGCCGCUGGUCAAGGUGGUGGACGGUCAGGUGCUGUACCUGUGCGGGGUGUGCCAGCGCUCCUACAUGACCCUGUCGAGCCUGAAGCGCCACGCCAACGUGCACUCGUGGCGCCGCAAGUACCCGUGCCGCUACUGCGACAAGGUGUUCGCGCUGGCCGAGUACCGCACCAAGCACGAGGUGUGGCACACGGGCGAGCGCCGCUACCAGUGCAUCUUCUGCUGGGACACCUUCGUCACCUACUACAACCUCAAGACGCACCAAAAAGCCUUCCACGGCAUCAGCCCGGGGCUCAUCGCCUCCGAGAAGACGCCCAACGGCGGCUACCGGCCCAAGCUCAACGCGCUCAAGCUCUACCGCCUGCUGCCCAUGCGGGCCAACAAGAGGCCCUACAAGACCUACAGCCAGGGCGCCGUGCCCGACGGGGCCGCGCCGGCGCCCGCGGCGGCACCGGGGGACGCCGGGGUCACGGCGUUCCCGGCGUCGGCGCCGCCGCCGCGGCCGGAGCCCGCCUCGGUCAUCGCCUUCGGCCGCGCGGCGCCGUCGGUCAUCGUGCGGGGCGGCGGCGGCAGCGGGGCCGCCUCGGUCAUCGCCUACAACGGGCGGGCGGGCGAGGAGGCGCCGGGAGCGGCCGAGGCGCCGGCGGCCGCGCCGGUGACGCCGGCGGUGCCCAUCAAGAAGCAGGUGCUGCGGGAGUACAUCGAGGCGCAGCGCGCCAUCGCCGGCGCCACCACGGCCGCCGCCGAGGAGGGGACGACGACGACGACGCCCCAAAACCCCUCCGGGGGCGGGCGCACCAUGACCUACGUGGCCAAGCCGGCGUACGCGGGCUCGGCGGGCGAGGGGCUGUGCCAGAUCACCGUGCGCAUCGGCGAGGAGGCCAUCGUGAAGCGCCGCAUCUCCGGCACCGACCUGCGCGGGGACGGCGCCGGGGAGCGCCGCGGGGACGGCGACAACGACAGCGACGCCGAGGACCGGCUCUGGCGGCCCUACUACUCCUACAAGCCCAAGAGGAAGGCGGGUGGCAAUGCCGCCAACGCCAGCACCGGGAGCGUCGCCGGGGUCGCCAAGAAGGCGCGGUGGCGGCGCAAGCUGCGCUCGCUGCGGCGGGCGCCGGGGGACGGCGGUGACGGUGACAAUGACAAUGACAACGGCAGUGACAAUGGCGACGGCGACGCCGCGCGGCGCCGGGAGCGGCGCCACCCGUGCCGGGUGUGCGGGAAGAGCUUCCCGGCGCUGCGGAAGCUGCGGAAGCACCAGCGGGGACACGAGGGCGGCGCCGCGGCGACGCCGGUGGGGACGUCGUCAUCGUCGUCGGUGGGGACGUCGUCGUCGUCGUCGGGGCGCGUGGGGCGGCGGCCGUCGCUGCGCUUCACCUGCCCCACCUGCGCCAAGGUGUGCAAGACGGCGGCCGCGCUCAGCCGCCACGCCCAGCGGCACCGGCGGCGCUCGGCGGGGUCACCACCGGGGUCACCAGAGGGGUCACCGGGGUCACCACAAGGGUCACUGCAAGGGUCAGCACCAGGGUCACCACCGGGGUCACCACCAGGGUCACUGGAGGGGUCAGCGGGGUCACCACAAGGGUCAUCGCAAGGGUCACUGCCGGGGUCACCGAGGUCACCGUCAAGGUCACCGAGGUCACCACCGGGGUCACCGCCGGGGUCACCGGCGCCUCCCACGGUCAUUGCCUACACGCCCCCAGCCGCAGACAAAGGGGGGCUCCCGGUGUCCCCCGCGGUGCCGCCACCCCCAGGUGACGCUGGCGGUAGCGAUGACAUCGCCUGUGACGUCACAGGCUCCGCCCCCGCGGGGGCGUUCCCGGUGCAGGAGCAGCCGCUGGCGCUGCUCUGCCGGGCCGCGGCUGGGGGCGACCCCGAGCUCGGGGCUGGGGGCGGGGCUGGGGGGGCGGGGACAGCGCCCCGCGCCCCUCCCCCCCCGGCCCCGCCCCCUCCCGCUCCCGGCGCGUUCCCGCUGCCGUUCGGGCCCCGCCUCGUGCCGCGUUCCCGUUCCCGUUCCCGCUCCCGCUCGCGCUCGUCCUGCCCGAGCCCGAGCGCGGCUUCCUGGGGGGGGCUGGGGCGGGGGGAGGGGCGGGGGGGGGCGCCCCUCCCCCCACCGCCCAGCACCGCCCCCCCACACCCCCCCGCCCCCGCCCCCCCCAGCUUUGGGUUCCCCGGGGGGGGGGGAGGGGAGAGGCCCCGGAAAGCGGGGGGGGGCACCUGA